UGCUGGAAAGAAGCAAUGAAGCGAGUUGAGAAGUUCUGGUUUCUCUUCCUCCUGAUGGAUUUUUUAAUUUCAUUCCACACUACAGAGGCAAUUUCUGUGAAGGCCUCUGUCAGUUUAUUCCACUUCAACAGGACUGUGUUUGAACGCUGUGAAUGUAGCCUGUAUGGCUUUAAUUCUCCUUGCCUUAGUGCUCAGGGGAUGGUGGGCAUUCCAGUAUCUGCUGAUCUUUAUGCCUGCGACAGAAAUACUGACUUCACUGUCAUGAAAGCACCGUGGAUAGCCCUGAUUGAAAGAGGCAAUUGCAGUUUUGCUGAAAAAAUUCAGGUGGCAGCCAGAAGAGGUGCAACAGCAGCCAUGAUCUACAAUUCACACGGCAAAGGCCACAACAGCACCCUCCUGAUAGCACAUCAAGGUGCUGAAAAGAUCGUUGCAAUUAUGAUUGGCAACCUGAAAGGCAUGGAAAUCCUGCACCGCAUUCGGAAUGGCAUGAAAGUCACCAUGGUCAUUGAAGUGGGAAAAAAGCGCAGUCUUUCUGUGAAUAUCUUCACCAUCCUCUUCAUCUCUGUGUCAUUUUUCGUUGUGGCAGCAGCAACUGUGGGUUGCUAUGUCUCUUAUUCUGCUCGAAGACUCAUUAUCGCAAGGGCCCAGUCCAGGGAGCAGCGGCAGCUGAGGGCCAAGGCUAAGAAGGCCAUUGAACAGAUGAAAUUGCGCACCCUGAAGGAAGGGGACAAGGAAACUGGUCCAGAUGGAGAUUCCUGUGUUGUGUGCUUUGAGCAGUACAAGCCAAAUGAUGUAAUGCGUGUUCUGACUUGCAACCAUGUCUUCCACAAGACUUGUAUUGACCCCUGGCUUCUGGAACAUGGGACGUGUCCUCUGUGCAAAUGUGACAUCCUCAAAGUGUUGGGUGUUAAGAUGGAUGUAGAACCACGGUCUGAGCCUGUGCAAGCCCCAGGAUCCAGUGGUCAAAGACCUCUAUCCACUGUCACUAUAGUUAAUGAAGAGGACAAUCUUAGUGAAACAGCAUCAUCUGGAUAUGAUUCUGUGCAGGGACCAGAUGAAUCUGCUCAGGAGGCACACACACCAUUAGAAAAUCACAACACGCAUCCUGUACGUGAUGAAUCCCAGCCCUCCACUGUGAUUGUCCUUUCACACGGUGACAACCCAGGUUUUGAAGGAGAUGAUACACAAGUUUGUGAAGGCAGGAUUGUUUGUGAAGUCACGUUCUAAGAACAUGCCCAGCCACAUGGUGCAAACCUUCUGCAAGGAGCUGCCUACUGCCAUUCCAUAUGAACCAAAAGUUGCAAGACUUGCAAAAAAUACUGCACUGGCAAUGUUUAGAUAAAUAGACUCGUCCCAAUCAUAACUGUAUGGUUUGCCUUUCUUAAAACUGUAUUUUCCACAGGAGUCUUAACACUCUCCAGAUAAAGCUGUCUUGAAUAUAUAGAAAGCCAGCAGAUUUUAACUAAAACAAAAAUUUCAUCUUUAGCAAAGCUUCUCUAUUGUGUUUGAGUUGUUUAAGUGAGAAGAUUUUUUAUGUCAUAGUUUCUCCACUGGGAAUAAUUUUGAGUUGGGCAUUUUUGUUGUUUAUUAUUUUCAUUCAAGUGGAUUUUCAUUGUAAAGAAAUUAGUUUUGAUUUGUUCUAAUACUUACUUAUAAGACAGUUUUGUUUAAAGAAACAUGGUAGUUAAUGUUUCAGUGCACUAAUUUGAUAGGAGAAAGUGCAAACUAAUGCUUGUCAAACUGGAUUUUGUCCACGAAGUCUUUGGUUGUCUAGUAACCAACUGAUUCUCUACCUCUCAACUCCAACCUGCCAACCACACAUUCCUAAAGGGGAAGAAAAGAGAGCUGAAAACUGACAGGCCAGAUCUGACUUACUGUAAAGGGAACAACUGCAGGAAUUUUUCAAGCCUUGUUAACAUUAAUCUGUUAGUCUGAAAGAUCCUCAAGUGAUUUGAGGAGCUAUAACAAUCUCUAGCACCAGCAAUAUGCCAGAGUCCUGGCUAUGUGGGAGUCUGGGAUGACUUCAGGAAAGACUCGGCCGAAGAUGAAAAGAUAGAUUGCUUCCUCUUCUUUUACAGAAAGGAUCUGUUGUGUUUUGUUCAGAAAUGAUCCUCUGAAAAAUGCUGGACUGCUGCUGUACAUUACCUUGCUCAAAUGCACAAGCUGCAGGGAGAGCCGAUGUCCUGUGAGUGUAACAGAGGAUUGGAGAAGCUGUCCUCUGUGUGGAGUCGAGAUGGGGUCAAGUAGGAACACUGGGUGCCUCAACAGUGACUUGGCCUUGUCCAGUGAAGGUAACUAAGGACAUCUUAUAAAUGCACUUUAUUUUUUUACCUCUGCACCUUUGACUAGUUUCUAUUGUUUAGUAGGAUUUUGUCUUAGAGCUUCCAAUAAAUAACUUAAGAAUCUGGGGGAAAAAGCAAUGCAUUAUCUUAGCUAUAGUACAAAAUAAAUGUUUGUUAAUAUUUCAUAAUUUGUAUUGAAUUUUAAUAUGGAAAUGUAAAUGUAAAUAAAACUAUUUUUGAUUAUCCUGACUAUCAUAAAAUAUUACCAGCUCUCAUGGAAGCAGAUGCUGAAUUUGCCCUGUCCAACAGCCUUGAAACACAUCCUUUUAGGAGGCCAAAAAGAAGCAGUGUUUGCUCAAAGUAAUUGGAAUAAGAAGUGCUAGUUAUGUGCAGGGUGCUACUGUUACAUGGAUUAAAAUUGUGUUGAGAUGCUGAAACCUAGUAGCUGUACUCAAUGUUAAAGAAAAUCCAAGCACCUUAGGAUGUGUUCAGUGAGCUGCUGAAUUGUACUUGUAGGCAGGUUCAGCACAAGGCAAUCUGCCAUGUGCCCUUCAGACUGGCUGCAUCUCGCUUUUCCUUUGUCAGGUUGCUCAGCACCCCUUCCUUACUCCAAAGUUUGUUUGCUUUGAGGAAAAAGCAUUUUAAAAAUUAUUACUUGUCCUUUGUUCUGUACUCUACUAUGAAAUACAGUAAAAGCUUGCUGCUCUCCUAGCUGGUUUGGAAGCAGUUAAGUCUUGUAUUUCUUUUUAGUUCAGUUCCAAGUCUAGUCUAGAAAAUACCAGUUGGUUCUGAUCUCCAGUUGUGAAGCUGAUUAUAAUCAGACUCCACUCUGAAGCUGUCAUUUGCUGUGAUUGCCUUUUUAUUCUACCUCUGAAGUGCAAAGCAGUGAAAGGAGCAGCCAAGCAGUAAAUAUGCAGUCCCAUAUCACUUCAUUCCAUUUCCAUUUCACAAAGCUGGUAUCAUUUUCUGUGGUGUGUAAAGCUGCAAUAUAGUAGAGUCUUAUGAAGAUAUAGCCUCAUGAAACCAUUUGCCAGUUUUGUGUUCAAUAGGAACAAAAUUUGAUGUUUACAAAAAAAAAGGGAAGGGAUUCAGAUAAAUUCAAUACGUUGAAAGGCACUAUUUGGGCUGCUUUGUUUGUAGAAUUCAAGCUUUACAUUUACUGCCUUUUCCCCAAUACUUGUGUGUGGGAGAAUGGAUUGUAAGAGAACAGAUAGUGCUACAAGCAAUCUCGCAGCUCUAUUAAUGGCCAAAGAGUGGAAGCAGCCUUGCCCUUAAUAGAUUACAGCUAUGUCCAAUAAGGAUGGGUGUUAUAAAAGAGUGGGUCAGCUGGUCUAGAGUUAGUUGGAAUUUGCUGGCCAUGCUAUGAGGAGGAGGGGUUGGGUAGUCAUGCAGAAGGAAGAGAGAAGUCAGUGUUGUGAGGAGCUGCCUGUGGGAACUCACAGAGAGAAGGUAUGAAUGUUUUACUGUAGAAUAAUGGAUAAUGUAGGAUAACUGAUAGUGCCAGUCAGUUUGCAUCCACAAUCCAGUGUACCAAGCACUGACACUGACACCUGUAUUUCUAAUUCUAAUUGUAAUUGUAAUUCUAAUAUGAAUGCACAGCCCUUUCUCAAGGAAUGCACUAGUGGAGAACUGGGGAGGGGGGGUGGUGUAGAAGCUCGCAUUGAUGAACCUGUACUGCUGUAGGAUUAGAUGGUAUCAUCUCUUGAGGAAGGGUCUUGCUUGCUCAAGGCACUUAAGCUAAUUUUCAGAGAGAUAUUUCAGAGGGAUUCUUAUAUCAAAUGUGACCCACUGCUAAAGGAACACAUGCAGGAUAAGUACCUGAGCAGUAUUUGAGCUACUGCUAGGCAGAACUUAAUCUGUUCUCCAGUUUUGCAGCUUAUCUUGCAAGUCUACCAUGUUCUUAUCUGUGCAGGUUUGUUUGUAACUAGUAGCUAUGCAAGGGAUUUGGCUUAAAAAUGAAAGUGUAAAUUUCAUCAACACCAUCGUGAUACUAAACUUGGGUCUGUUCCUGUCAGACUGUCUUAAAGAAAUUUCAAUGAUCCACUCUCACUUUUUUGUAUUUCCAAGUUUCCAUGGGUAGCAGCUGUCCUUUGCCAACCCUGCUUAGGGGACUGUGCAGCGAAAUGUUCACUUGUUUUUGGUGAUGCCACGGGCUAGAAUGUCUCUGGGUUAUGUGUAUGUAUGUUUGUGUGUGUGUGUACACUGUGACAUGGUAGACUUUCCUCUAAGCAAGAAGCUAACAGAAAUGUGCCUGGGGCUAGGGUUGUUCCUGAAAAGCAAUAAAAACCUGCUGUUAUUGUGCAAUAGUUUUGGGGUUUUCUAUAGAUACACUAAUACUCAUGUGUAAGAUAAUGGAAAUAAUGAGCUCACAAAUGGUACAGUUUGUCUGUUUAUCUGUCUGUUGACUGUAUUAAUAUUCCCACUGUGACUCUCCCACUGAGUCACACAGACAUGUCAAUUCUUCUGUCCCCAAAGAGCAAACUGAACAGGCUCUGGCAUCAUGUCCAAGUGUUUACUCACUCCCUCAGGGAAAGGGAGGGAGCUCUGAUCUGAGACUUCAGUCAAACACUUAUGUGCUCUCAAAGAGGGUCUGGGAAAGCUUUUUUAUCCCUGCAGGAGAGAAAGGCUUGUUUCCUGGUGCUGGAUUACUGUGCUCUCUUGUGAAUUAGGCUUUACAACAGCAGGGCUUAAUUUUUUAAAUUUCAAAUCAAAAUAAUACCAUUUUCUCAUCUUGAGGAAAAUUUCUGGUGUCCCAACAGAAAUACAGUUUUGGAUGAGAAUUUUGUUUAAAGGGAAAAGCAGGACUUGUGAUGAGGGCUGCAAACACGUAAAAGCAGUUUGAGUCAUAAGGGCCAUUGGACUGUUGCCAUAAAAUGGAGAGGUACAGUCCAUCUCAGUCUUCAGAGGGAAAAUUCUGCAUUUCUCAAGUGACCUAACAGUUUGAUAUAAUAAAUAAAGACAUUUACCUUGCCUGUGUGUGAUUUAUUGUAAUUUCUUUCCAUGUUUAACACACCAGCACCAAAGGUAGCCCUGCCUUUUCACUCAAGUGAAAAGACUGGUACCUCUCCUGUGUAGAUGUGAAUGGGGCUCCUCUCCUGCAGGGGUGUAAUGUCUGCAGUUUGGAAGAAAUGAAAGAAAAUCUGGCUUCGGCAAUUAAUUUUGGUUUCAAGAGAAAACUGAAAUCCAAUUGCAGCAUUUGUGCUGUGUGAACUAAAAAUUAUGUAAUAGUCCUAGAGUAACUCUGCACUGGUUGUUCAACUGUUGGUUAUACAGAGUGAAGCCAACGUUUAUUUUUAUAGCUAUUUAUUUCUGUAGUCUUGACAUGGUUGAGGGAAGUAAUUUCAUUUCUACGCUAAGUCUUGAAUAAGUGAAAGAAAAAUUCUGCAGCACUAAAUGGAUCUGUGUUGCUGUAGAAUGCAUUGAUUACACUGUAGCAUGAUUGUGCACCAGUUAAGGUUUUCAAGUGGCUAUAAAUAAAUUUCUCCAUGCCCAUAGAGAAGCACUCUUUGCAGCUGAACAGUAUUUGAUUAAGAAUCCAAUGCUUUAGGGAACUGGAAAAGAGAAAGACAUUCAAGACCAUGAAACAUGGAAAGAAAUACAAAACAGACAUUUUCCAAGCAGUAGCAUUUUACUGUUAAAAUAUUUAUCCAGUUAACAAAGUUUGAAUUUUACAUGAGCAAGUAACACAUGUCCAGUGUGUCUGUGUCACCAAAAUGAAAAUUCUGGGUAAGAAAUGCCAAGGGCAUCUCUCCUUAAAAUUAACAUCAGAAUUAGAAGAUGUGUGUUAGGUCCUUAAUUUCCUGUAUCCAGGGGCUUGUCUAAUUGAGGAUCAUUAAAUGGUAAACACUCUUUCUGGGAGUGCUCUUACAGGACCAUGAUCUGUGAAGCAACCACUCAAUCAGUGGAGCUGGUAAAUCCCCAGCAUUCUCUGUUGUGCCUGGCUUCAGAUGGGGGAUUGAAGACUCCACCUCAUGAUGAGCUGUGUGCCAGGAUAUCAGGGGCUCUCAUUAAUGUUUGAUCUGUGUUAGUUACCAUGUGCUGGCUAAUGGCUUGUAUUUUAUUUUUACUUCCUAGUAAAAGUAUACCACCA